GGGCGCGCAGUGCCGCGCAUAGUGCCGCGCCGCAGCGAGAGUGCCGCAGUGGAGAUCGUGCAGUGCAGUGAAGUGCAGUGCCUCGUCGCCGUGCUUGGGAUUACGUCCACACAUGACUCCGCCCCGUCCCAGGCCACGAGGGAGGACGAUGGCGGAAGCCCAGGAAAAGCAACGGUGACCCACGUUGCAUGCCGCCCCAGGGCAGCUGCUUCCGUCCCCGCCGCUGGUGCCUCUGGUACAGCCCUGGGGCUCCAUGGCUCUGUCGCGACCUCAUGAGGAGUCACUAUGGUCCAGGCCCACAGCUUACGGAGCGGUCUGGGAGUGCUCGUCUGCCUACUCGCCGCCGCCGCUCUGUCUUCGUCAGAGUGCGACCGGACGUUCUCCAGUCGUCCCGGGGGCCCGAUGAAUGGCACCUUCACGGCGCCCGUCUUCAUCAACCCGGACAACCACGCGCGCCAGUGCAUCUACGUGUUCCAGGCGCAGCCCCGGCAGCGCGUCGAGGUGUCCUUCACCUUGUUCAACCUCAGGGGCACGCCGCCCGAGUGCAUCCACGAGUACCUGGACGUGUACUCGGAGGUGCAGAGCCCGGACCCCCGCAACCUCAUCAACUCGGCGUUCGGCGGCCGCUACUGCGGGCCCAUCCCGCCGCGCCGCCGGGUGUCCUUCCACCGCACCAUCGCCCUCGGCUUCUACACCGACAAGACCAACUCCACCGCUGAGCUGUUCGCGGGCCGCUACACCUUCAUCAACGACUCCGUGUUCGAGGUGGGCACGCCGCAGCCCAAUGCGCCCUGCAGCUACACUGUCCGCGCGUCCACUUCGCGCAACGGCAGCCUCGUGUCGCCCACCUACCCGGGGGCCUACCCCAAGGACCUGUACUGCUCCUACACGUUCCUCGGGAUAGAGGGCCAGCGCGUCCGGCUCGAGUUCAGGGACUUCGACCUCUUCUACGGCGGCCCGCACUGCCCGUUCGACGUGGUCAAGGUGUACGACGGCCCCACCAACGAGUCGGCCGUCAUCGGCACCUACUGCGGCCAGCAGCGCAACCUGGUGCUGUACUCGUCGGAGACGUCCUUGUUCGUGACGUUCACGACGCUGCAGCGCGCCGCCAACACGCAGAACAGGGGCUUCAAGGGCAUGUACGAGUUCAGCGAGGGCUUUGUCAAGCUGGAUUUCAUUUCGACAAACGACGGCGAACACAUCCGGGGCUCUGAGUGCGAUCAAAAGAUCCUCAGCAAAAAAGAAUCAUCUGGUUUUGUGUUCAGUCCGAAUUACCCCUUCCCUUACAUGCCCAAGAUCGUUUGCCGUUACUUCAUCUACGGGAUGCAAGACUCUCAGAACCUGGAAAGAGUUCGGCUUGACUUCAUGAUGUUUGAGAUCACCAACAAGAACGAGACCUGCAGCGAUGGCUACCUCAAGAUCUACCUCAAGGGCCAGGAGGCCAUGGACGCGUACGACAAGUUCGACCACGAGCUGUGCGGCGACGGCGAGAAGACCAACUUCACGGUGGGCACGGGGUCCAUCACGGUGCCCCUGGGCGCCGCCUCGCUCACCUCGGACGGCCCUCGCCUGGUCAUGGUGUUCAGCAGCGGCGAAAUGCAGGGCCGCGGCUUCAAGGCCAAGUACACCUUUGAGACUGAGUACCGCAUCCCGGGCACGGCGGCGCCGGACGGCACCUGCACGUUCACGUACCGAAGCUCGGGCAAGAAAAAAGGGGACUUCAACUCGCCGCGGUACCCGUCCAACUACCCGGCCGCCACCAACUGCACCUACAUGUUCCUGCCCACGCCCAACGAGCAGGUGACCGUGGUGUUCGACCACUUCAAGGUGCGCGCCGACCAAGGCAACGCCACCACGGGGGCGUACGGCUCCGACGUGUGCCACGAGGACUGGCUCGAGAUGUACAACCUGUACCACGACGGCACGGAGACGCUGAUAGGCCGCUACUGCAGCACCACGGCGCCAGGACCAAUCGACUCGAACCGCGGCGCCGUGGGGCUCAAGGUGCUCCUGCACUCGGACAACGAGGCCGUCUUCAGCGGCUUCAAGGCCCACUACUCCUUCGAGCCCGUCAAGCCCAUCUACGGUGCUUGCGGCGGCAACGUGAGCAAGGCCUUCGGCGUCAUCCAGAGCCCCAACUACCCCGCCAACUACGACGGCCCCAAGGACGGCAACGCCAGCAAGACGUGCAACUGGUACCUCACCGUGCGGCUGCGGCACAAGAUCCUCCUCAACUUCGAGUCCUUCGCCGUGGAGGGGGAGCCCUCGGCCCGCGGAUGCCCGGCCGCCGUGGUCCGGCUGUGGCUCGCGCCCGACGCCAUGCCCAUCGAGCUGUGCGGGGAGAAGGGCGCGGCGGACAAGUGGCAGUACGUCUCGGAAGGGCCGCUGCUACGCGUCAGUUUUGUGAUAGCGGACAAGAGCGUGGGCGCGCAGGGCUUCCGCGGCGUGUUCACCGAGGUGGCCGAGCCGAGCGCGCAGUGCUCCCAGUUCACGUGCGAGAAGAGCGGCUUCUGCAUCGCAGACAACCUCCGCUGCAACCAGGAACGGAACUGUGGAGCCGAGGACGACUCGGACGAGCUCAAUUGCCUGGUGGAGGCGCCCGUGGUGGACACGGUGCUGGUGCUGGUGGGGUGCGCGGGCGGCGCGCUCUUCCUGGCGGUGGCGUUCUGCGCCUGGUGCCACCACCGCAAGCGGCGGCGACGGCGCCGCCAGAUGGCGCGUCUGCGACAGCGCCGCCACUUCCCGGAGAGCAUCGCGGGCAUCGGGCACGGCGGCAGCCUGUCACGCAGCCUGCCGCGCAGCCUGCCCGGCUCGCGCCGCCAGCACGCCUGCGACGAGCUGGGCCACCGCUUCGCCUCCGUCGACAGCGUCUGACGGUUAAGUCCCCCC